AUGAGCGGGAGCCCCAGCCCCUUGCUCACAGCUGGCUUCUCCCAGCCCCCAGCCUCGUCCCGGGGACAUCCCUCCCUUUCAGCUUCACUGCUCCGGGGGCACCUCCAGAAGCUUCCCCAGGAAGCACUGGGCUGUGAGCAUCCUGCCAGGAGUCCCCUCUCCCCAGGGCCCCCAAGGCCAGGCCAGGCCCGAGGGGCCCAGGACCCCUGCUCCCCCUCCCAAGACAGGCUGCAGGCUCCACCCCUGGGCUCGACUCACUCCUCACCUGCAGGUGCCCCGAGCCGGGCCGUGGCCACGCUCACCCCAGGCCUGGGCUGCCACUGUGGACCCAGCACGCAGGCAGACAGUGUCACACUUGUGUGUCACAUGCACGCAGGCUUCCCUCUGGGGGUCUCCACCCCAGCCCUCCCCCCCAAGGGACACGCCACCCCAGCCCUCCCCCCAAGGGACACGCCACCCCAGCGCCGCCUUGCCCACUGUGGGUCUGAGGGGACUCAGGGCUGUGAAGCCAGGAGGCGGCUGCAAAGUCCCCAGGUUGGGGGCAGCUGCUGGUUGCCUUGGCGCUUCGGUCACGGACAGGCACGUCACUGCCUGGUGCCGCCUGAGCCCCGGCGGUGGGCGAACUGCCACCUGGGGCUGGCCAUGCUGCCCGAGGACCGGCUGCAGAUGAAGUGGAGGGAGUCGGAGGGGAGCAGGCUCGGCUACCUGGUGCAGGUGAAGCCCAUGGCAGGGGACUCAGAGCAGGAGGUGAUGCUGACCACCAGGACCCCCAAGGCCACGGUUGGAGGUCUGAGCCCCUCCAAGGAGUAUACCCUGCAGAUCUUCAAGCUCACAGGCUCCGGGCGUGUCCUGCUGGCUCAGAGGAGUUUUGUGAUUGAAGACUUGAAGAGCAACGCUGUGAGCAGGAGCAGCCGGAAGCCCGUGGGGGCGGCCUUGGAGCCCACCCCCUCCCUGGUGGGGAACCCAGCACCUGAGCUGACUUCUGAGCCUUGGACCACCUUGGCCCCAAGCCAGGGCGCCCCCAUGCUGGCAGCCUCCCAGUUCCAGUGCACAACCCCCAGCCCCACAGACAUGGUCCUCCUGGUGGAUGGGUCCUGGAGCAUCGGCCACAGCAGCUUCCAGCUCAUCAAAGACUUCCUCACCAGGGUCAUCUCAGCCUUUGAAAUUGGGCCGGACAGCGUCCAAGUGGGCCUGACUCAGUACAGCAAGACCCCCCGAACCGAGUGGGAUCUGAAUUCAUUCAGCACCAAGGAGAAGGUUCUGGAAGCCUUGCGCAGCCUCUGCUACAGAGUGGGGAACACGCUCACAGGCCGCGCCCUGACCCACGUGCUGGUGCAGAACCUGGAGCCGGCGGCAGGGCCCCGUCUGGAGGCGGCGAAAGUGGUGCUCCUGGUGACGGAUGGCAAGUCCCAGGACAGCGCCCAGGCUGCGGCCCACAUCCUCAGGGAGCAGGGCGUCGAGAUCUUCGCUGUGGGGGUGAAGAACGCCGAUGAGGCAGAGCUGAGGCUCCUGGCGUCGCAGCCACUGGACAUCAUCGUCCACAGCGUGCCAGACUUCCCUUGGCUCAGCCCACUGGCCGGCCUGCUCAGCCGCCUCAUCUGCCAGAAGGUCCAGAGCCGGAGUGCACGGCGGGGCGCAGCCACCGCUCCAGCUCUGGACCCCCGCCCUGCCCCCACCGGCCUGGUCCUGACCCAGGUGACCUCCUCCAGCGUCCACCUGUCCUGGACCCCAGCCCCUCAACAGCCCCUCAAGUACCAGAUCAUGUGGCAGCCUUCCAGGGGUGGAGCCCCCAGGGAGGUGGAGGUGGAGGGGGCCACCCCGUCCAUGGAGCUGUGCAACCCGACCUCCAACAGCUGGUACCUGGUCUCCGUGCUCCCCGUCUACGAGGGCGGCGUUGGCGAGGAACUCCAGGGCCUGGCGGUCACAGGGCCUCUGCUGCCACCCCUCGUGCUGACCCUGGGUGCCGCAACGCCCCACACCCUCCACCUCACCUGGCGGCCCUUGGCCGGGGCCACCCACUACCUGGUCCGAUGCUCACCCAAGGACGAGGGGGAGGGGCAGGAGGUGCGGGUGGGGCUGCCCGAGGCGCUGCUGACCGGCCUGCAGCCUGGCAGGGACUAUGACAUCUCUGUUCAGGGCCUGCGAGGGGCGGAGGCCAGCGAGGCACGGGGCAUCCAUGCCAGGACCCCCUCGGUGCCCCCGGGACACCUGGGCUUCUCGGAUGUGAGCCACGACUCGGCCCGCGUGCUCUGGGAGGGCGUCCUGAGGCCCGUGCUCCUGUUCCGGGUCAUCUAUGUGUCCAGCGAGGGCAGCCACGCCGGGCAGGUGGAGGCUCCUGGGAAUGCCACCUCGGCCACCCUGGGGCCCCUCUCCUCCGCCACCACCUCCUCCGUCCGGGUCACCUGCAUGCCCCGGGGCGGCUCCUCCACGCUGACCGGCCGCGUGACCACGCCUGAGUCGGGGGGAGUCCCCGGUCCGAGCCGGCUGUCGGUGACGGAGCUCCCCGGGGACCAGGUCCGGCUGGCCUGGGUGUCUGCGGCGGCACCUGGCGUCCUUGUCUGCCAGAUCAAGUGGGCGCCCCUGGGUGAUGGGGAGGCGCGAGAGAUCGCCAUCCCCGGGACCCUCAGAGUGGCCGUCCUGCUGGGCCUGGGGCGGCAGGUGGAGUACGAGAUCACUGCCGGGGCCUGCUACAGGGAUGGGGCCCACAAUGACCCCGGGUCCCUCCGCUACAAGCCUCGAGCAGCAGAUGGUCCCGGGGUGCCCCUGCGCCGGGUGGCCCUCCGAGCAGAGGCAGGCCAGGCAGUGGGGCCGGGGCGGGGGGCAGGGUGCAGGGGUCUGGGGUCCAGGCUGGGGUGCAUGGUGGAGAUGCAGCAGGGCUUUGGGGUGCGGUGUUACAGGGUCGGGGUGCAGGCCGGGGACACAGGGCCCCUCUGGUUCUGCAUGUGCCAUUUCCAAAAUGGAGUCAGCGGCCUCGUGCCCCUCGCACCUCUCAGAGCAGGGGUCCCUCAGAGGCCAAUAAGCUCCCCUUCCCUCUGGGGUCCCCAACAUUUCAGCAGGACUGCCACUGGGGACAAGGCCAGUACUUGGUGGACAGAGGCCCUUCCCACGUCAGUGGGCGGCCGCCGCUGCCCCUCCCCGCGUGGUCCUAGCACUCUCCUGCCCUCACGCACCCACAAACGCUUCCGCGCCUGGCCUCGCCCUGGAGCCCGCACCCGCACGUGCUGCACACCAGGCCGCUCCUGGCCCCGCUGCCUGGUGGGCACGUUUGGGCGGUGUGAGGACCAGGAGCCCCAAGCUGUGCCCGUGGGUCCACGGGGAGGCCCUCUGGGGGCCACACAGCAAGGGGUCCUCCCCACUCACCCCGAGCCUCUCUCGCUCUCAGCAGCCUGCCCGGCCCUGCACCCCAACAGCUCCCUCCCAGGAUUCGGCCUGGUGGGGACGGAGUCCUCCCUCAGGGGGGCGGCCAUGGAGCCCCCCGCCCUCGGCUGGCCCAGGACCUUCACGCUCUUCAAGGAGGCGCAGCUGACGCGCCAGGGCCGGGUGAGUGACGUCGGUCUGGCCGCCCUCCCGCCCGAGCACACGGUCGCCUUCCUCCUGCGCCUGCUCCCAGAGUCGCCCCGCGAGGCCUUCGCCCUGUGGCAGGUCACGGCCGAGGACUUGCAGCCUGCGCCCGGGGUCCUGCUGGACGCCGGCAGGAGGUCGCUGACCUACUUCUACCGGGACCCCGGGGCCGCCCUGCGGGAGGUCACCUUCUACCUGCCGGAAGUGGAGAAGAUCUUCUUCGGGAGCGUCCACAAGGUGCAUGUGGCUGUGAGCCACGCCAGGGUCAGGCUCUACGUGGACUGCCAGAAGGUUGCCGAGAAGCCCACUGGGGAGGCGGGCAGUCCCCCCACCACCGGCUUUGUCAUGCUGGGGAGGCUGGCCAAGGCCAGGGGUCCCCGGAGCAGCUCGGCUUUCCAGCUGCAGACCCUCCAGAUUGUGUGCAGUGGCUCCUGAGCGGAGGAGGACAGGUGCUGCGAGCUCCCUGCACUGAGCGACAGCGAGAGCUGCCCGGCCGUCCCUUCCGCCUGCUCCUGCAGCCCGGACACCCCUGGGCCCCCAGGGCCCCAAGGACCGCCAGGUCUCCCUGGGAGGACAGGUGCCCCCAGAGCACGCGGCGUCCCAGGGCCCCGGGGAGAGCCUGGGCCACCCAGACAGAUGGGACCCGAGGGUCCUGGAGGUCAGCAAGGGUCACCAGGGACCCAGGGCCGCACCAUCCGGGGGCCUGUGGGACCACCCGGGCUGAAAGGAGAGAAGGGGGACCACGGACCCCCGGGCUUGCAGGGCCAGCCUGGGGAGCAGGGCACCCCCGGGAGAGUCGGCCUCCAGGGGCCAAAGGGACUGAGAGGACUGGAGGGGACCGCUGGCCUGCCCGGACCCCGUGGCCCCAGGGGCAUGGGGGCUGCAGCCGAUGCUGACGUCUGUGCUUUUCAGGGCAUGGCGAGGAACAAGGGAACCAGCGGGGAGCGAGGGCCCCCAGGGGCCGUGGGACCCACGGGGCUGCCUGGGCCAAGAGGGGAGAGAGGAGAGAAGGGCGAGCUGCCGUCCCUGGCCGCCGUCUACCAGCUGGUGAGCCAGGCCUGCGAGGCCGUGGUUCAGGCUCACGUGUUAAGGUUCGAGUCAUUCACCCGUGAGAACGCCAGGCCCCCGAUGCCCAUCCUGGAGGGGAAGGGGAGGCCUGGCAGGCCUGGGCCCCCAGAGACCCCUGGAGCACACAGCCCUGAGGACAGAGGGAUCCUGGCAGCAGAUCUGUCAAUUUGA